AUGUUCAAGGCCACUGAUGCACAUGGAAAAAGUGUUUGUCUUCAUCCUCUUUGUAGUGAUGUCGAAAAAGAGUGGAAUCAAGUUGGCAUGAAGUUCAUCAUCCACGAAAACUCAAAAGCCAAAUGUUUGUGUUGCAGGAAAGGGAACGCCCCAGGAUGGGCUUAUGUAUCGAGUGAUAGAAAAUACAGCCUUCAUGUGGAUUGCGUGAUGGAACUGAUUGUUCGCAGUUGGAAAGAAGGUCGGUUGGAUGAGGCGAAGAUGGAAAAGUUGGAGAAUGUGAAUCUCGCGGAGCUGGCCGAGCAACUGGAGAAGAAAACUGGUUUUCCUUGGAAGAAAGUGGGGAUCCCUUUGCUCAAGUUCGUGGCAGAAAUGGUAUUAGGAAACCCUAAAACAAUUGGAGGUUUGCUCUUUGCGCUCUUAGUCUGA